UCGUGGAGUUGUGAUCACAGUUGACGCAUUGCACUCCUCGCGUUUUGGCUGCUGGUCCAUUCUCAUUAUAUAAUCCUCAUGUAACACAGGCUCUUUUUCACUUAAGCAUCAUACGACUACACAGACUCCAGCUCGCCCCCUCCCGCCCUCCCUCCGAGGAUCCGUUUAUGCAGCUCCUGCUGAGCAACCCAUGAAUGCCAAUUAUAAAUGUGGGUGGGCAUGCACACUGUUUAAGUUUACAUAAUCCACUGGUUAGUGCGCGCGCGCGCGUGUGCGUGGUGCGCAAAAAUAUAGAGAGAUUUGUGUUAAAUGCAGCAAUGUGCCCAUGACUCAUGGCUUUAUACAGUGCAGUACAGGGAUGUGUGUGUGUGUCUGUGUGUGUGUGGAGCUGAAAUCCAAAUUGUGCUCAAAGUGUGUGUGUGCAUGCGUGCGUGCGCAUGGGGUGCAGUCAUUUUGAAGUCCACAGUGUGUGGGUGAGUUUCAGCAGGUGUGUUCUACAUGAGGUGCAUUCAGGAUGGACUCAAACUCUGAGGAGGAAGACAGAAACCUGCAUCAGACGAGCUCAUUCUGCACGGCGGCACAUUAACAGCAGAGAGAGUUCAGAGCCGUGGUCGCCGUCGCAGCGUCCCCCUGAUCUGAUGUCAGGUCCAGUGUCCCCCCCUCUCCUCACCCCUCUUUCUCUCCUGUCUUUGUUUUUCAGAGAACAGAUUACCCGAAGGUGCGGCGUCUGUCUGCAUUCGUCUGAAAGAACGAGAGAGGGAGCAGCACAAAUACCGCACAGCCAGACAUCAUGCAAGCAGAGACCUUCCCUCGCUGCAGAGCGCUGAAAUGUUAGGACUGAAGAGCGAGUGUGUCAGAUCCAAUCAGCACACUGUUUACAUUAGGGGGGCCGAUAAGAGCUGCCUGACACUAGACUCCCUAACUGUGCGCUUCACGGCCCCUUUCGAUCCCCAUCAAGCAAAGACGUGUUAACUGAUCUUUCAUCAGCACUUUCUUUCCGUCAGAUUCAGCGGGCCGGAGGCAAGCCGAGAUGGAGUGGUCGCUGGAGAAUGUGAGGGAGAUGGUGGCUGGAGGGAUGCAGUCUAUAAGGGAGUGUGAGAUCUGCGCUUUCGCCAUAGCCAUGUGUGUGCUGCUGCUGUUUAUGUGGUACUGCUACAGGGUGGGCCGGGAGCACGGCUCCAGCCCCCUGCGUGGGAGGUACCUGGCUGGGCCCGGCCGGAUCGGCGGGGUGGUGGGGGGCUUCAUGAGUUCAGACUGCCGCGGCAGGGGGAAGGGGAAGCACGGAUCGAUGCUGGAAGAGCAGAACGGCUUCGCUUUCUGCCAGUCGUCUGAGUGCUUCCGUUGCACCAGCGCCGGAGAGAGUCUGAACCAGAGGCUAUACCACAGCCUGCAGGAUUACGCCAAGCGUUACACCUGGUCAGGUAUGGGCAGGGUGCACAAAGGGGUCCGCGAUCAAGGCCGAUACCUGAACAGCAGACCGACCAUCCAGCGGCCGGAGGUCUUCUUCCUCCCAGACCUCCCGUCAGCCCCUUUCUUCUCCAGAGAGGUGCAGAGACACGACGUGGAGCUGCUGGAGCAGAGCUUCCCCGCCCUGCUGGCCGAGUUCGAGAGCAUCUACCACCAGCCGCCGGCCCGCAGCGGCUCCUCCCUCCCGCCGGGGUGGAAAGCCAACAGCACCCCUCGUGGGCAGUGGUGGACCUACUACCUGGUCAACCAGGGCACCCCGCUGGUUCUCAAUGUCAGGAGGUGUCCUCGGGCCUGGAGGGUGCUGGGCCAGCUGCGCACCUUCAUCGCCAACAACGUGUUCGGAAACGCCUGCUUCUCCGUCCUGACGCCCGGAGCUCUGAUCACUGAGCAUUACGGUCCAACGAAUGUCCGGCUGCGCUGCCACCUGGGUCUCAGAGUGCCCCCUUCCUGUGAGCUUGUGGUUGGUGGAGAGCCACAGUGCUGGUCUGAGGGCAGCUGUCUGCUUUUUGAUGACUCCUUCCUCCACAGGGCCUUCCACGAGGGCGGCGCAGAGGAUGGCCCCAGGGUGGUGUUCAUGGUGGACCUCUGGCACCCCAACGUGGCCGCUGCUGAGAGACAAGCCUUGGACUACAUUUUUACUCCAGGCCGCUUAGAGGACAAGGAAGGGAAAUAGGUGUGAGUGAACCAUGUCAGACCAGGAGAGGGGAGGCUUUAGGGGAGUGUCUGUAGAGGGGGGAGCAACUCUUUUUUCUGCCUCCAGACCAGCUCUCACACUCACUGUGUACAUAUUCUCCGUCUCAUACAGUAUCUCUCAUAACUCCUCUUAGCAGAUGACCGAACAUUGGGCCUCUUUUAUCAACUGUGUUCCUCUUUUAGUUUGUGCAGUCUUACGCGUCAAAGUGCUCAGUCGGUGCACGAUAGUUCACAUUUUAUUAAUUUAUGUUAAUCCCACAACUGCGACAUGUCAGCAUAUUUUUGGUGGCUGUUUUAUUUCAGAUCACUGAGUGUUCAAUGAUUCCAGAACAGCUGGGACUCUGUGUAACACAUCAAUAAAACUGAAUGUGAAAACUUAAGUUAAUCCUCUCUGACAGAAACUGACCCUAAAACAGCACAAAGUCAAUAUAUUUAAUGUUUGAGCUCAUCAGCUUCAGUGAUUUUU